AGGAAACUGAGCGUGGGUAGCCGAGCAACGCCAGGUCACGUGACCCCCCCUGGAUGGAGGCGCGUUUCCAUGACGUCAUCGCCCAGCGCUUCCAGCUGAUUGGUUCCGGGCUGAGCCGGGGGCUGCUGUGUUGGCAUCACCGGGCUGAGCCUCCAUUCUAGCGUCUGUGCAGCAUGUAUGAGCCGCAAUGGGAUCCACUCUCUGUAUCUGCUCUCGAGGGGUCAUAACCAUUGAAAACAGGCGUUACCUCUUCAUCCAGAAGCUGGGAGAGGGGGGAUUCAGCUAUGUAGAUCUAUUUGAAGGGGUCCACGACGGGCGGUUUUACGCCCUGAAGCGUAUAUUAUGCCAUGACCGGGAAGAUCGGAAGGAAGCUCUGCAUGAGAUGGAGAUGCAUCGUUUAUUCAGUCACCCCAAUAUUCUGCGUCUGGAGGCGCACUGCAUGAUGGAGAAAGGACCCAAGUGGGAGGCCUGGCUCCUGCUCCCCUUCGUGAGGAGGGGGACAUUGUGGAAUGAGGUGGAAGCUCUACGAGAUAAGAAUGUAUUCCUGUCUGAAGAGAAGAUCCUGUAUAUUCUGCAUGGGAUUUGUCUAGGACUGAAAGCCAUUCAUGACCAGGGCUAUGCUCACAGAGACUUAAAACCCACAAACGUGUUACUGGAGGAGGAUGACCGGCCUCUUCUGAUGGAUCUCGGCUCAAUGAAUCAUGCUCGUAUUGAGGUGAAUGGAAGUAGGCAGGCGAUGGCCGUGCAGGACUGGGCUGCACAGAGAUGCACCAUUUCCUACCGGGCCCCGGAGCUCUUCAGUGUGAGCAGUAACUGUGUGAUUGACGAGCGGACCGAUAUCUGGUCUCUCGGCUGUGUGCUCUACUCCAUGAUGUUCGGGGAGGGCCCCUACGACAUGAUUUUCCAGAAGGGGGACAGUGUAGCUCUGGCUGUCCAGAACCGUAUCUCAAUACCUGAAAAUAACAGGUAUUCCCAAGGCUUGCAGUCUCUGCUGUCCUCCAUGAUGGUGGUAGAUCAUCUAGAAAGGCCGUACAUCUCCACCAUACUGACCCAACUUGAGGCGCUGCACCCCAUUGUAGAUGGGCAAGCCACCACGAGGAUAUGAUGUCAUAGCAAGUGACUUCACUCAAGUGCUGCUUCAGUCGGACCACCAGUGUCGUACUGUAGGACAAUUCCAGAUGGUGGUGGUCUGGGCUCGAGACUUCGGGUCUGUGGUGUCUGUCAAGAGUGACUCUCUUGUCCCUUUUAUGUCUUCAGGUUUUAUUUCUGAUUUUAUUUUGUUUUUUAACACAUGAACUGAAGGCUACUUCUGAGUGCCGGUACGUAGAUGACGUGUUCUCGCCUUAUAUAACUGCAGGCUGCGCCGCGUCCUCGGUUCUGUCCCCCAGAGGCUGCUAAACUCAGGCCAGUGCUGUGUCUCUGACCUCUGGAGCGUGUUGUCAUUGUGCUGUGUCAGAUGUUACAUGUUUCAUCUCUUCUAUAAAGGGCGUUCAUUAU